AUGGUGGACCCGGACGCGCGGUCCGUCGAGGACGCGCGCGAGUGCUCGCUGGUCGAGACGAGUAGCCAGAGCAACUGGACGUCGGCCGUGGCGAAGCACAUGUCCCUCGAGUGGCGCGUCGACUUCGCCGCGGAGACGCUGUCCGGCGCGGUGACGUACGAAGUCGCCACGCUCAAACAAUGCGCGGCGUUCGUCGUGGACACGCACGGCGGCCUGACCAUCUCCAAGGCCUACGUCGACGACGAGGAGGUCGCCGUGACGCUCGGCGCGCCCCACGACGUUUUCGGGGUGGCCGCGUCCGUGCCGCUCCAGAUCAAAAAGGUCGGCGACCUCCACAAGGUCCGUUUCGAGUACGCGACGGGCAACGCGUGCUCCGCGGCGCAGUGGCUCGAGCCGGCGCAGACCGCGGGCAAGACGCGGCCCUACCUCUUCACGCAGUGCCAGGCCAUCCACGCGCGGAGUUUGGUCCCGUGCCAGGACGCGCCCGGGGCGAAAGUUUCCUGGGACGCCGUCGUCGACGCGCCCGCCUGGGCGACGGCGCUCAUGUCGGGGCUCCAGGCGAACGGCCUCCCCUUGGUGACGCCGUCGCUCGAUUUACCGGAGGGCUACAACCGGUCCUUCUUCAAGCAGCCCGUGCCGACGUCGACGUACCUCGUCGCCAUAGUCGUGGCGGACCUCGAGCGCCGCGAGAUCUCGGACCGCUGCGCGGUCUGGUCCGAGCCUUGUGUUGUGGACGCGGCGCGCGAGGAGUUCUCCGAGACGGAGCAGUUCCUCGCGGCCGCGGAGGAGAUCACGGGCCAGCCCUACGUCUGGGGCCGCUACGAUUUCGUGUGCCUCGCGCCGUCGUUCCCCUACGGCGGCAUGGAGAACCCGUGUUUGACGUUUGUGACGCCCACGCUCCUCGCCGGGGACCGGAGUUUGGCCGGCGUCGUCGCGCACGAGAUCGCGCACUCGUGGACGGGCAACUUGGUGACAAACGCGACGUGGAACCACUUCUGGCUCAACGAGGGCUGGACGCGCUGGCUCGAGCGCAAGAUCAAGGCCACGCUCUUCGGCAAGGGCGACGCGGCGCUGAUGAAGAAGCUCACGGACUUUGACCUCGCGGCGUCGCAGGCGGGCCUGACGGGGACGGUGGAACAUUUCAAGGAAAUCGGCCAGGGGCCGCUCACGGCGCUCGUGCCGCCCGUCGAGGGCAUCGACCCCGACGACGCCUUUUCUUUGGUGCCCUACGAGAAGGGGUCGUCGCUGCUCCACCUCAUCGAGGGGCUCGCCGGCGAGGCCAAGUUCGCCAAGUUCUUCAAAGCCUACAUCAAGAAGUACCGCUUCAAGACGCUCACGUCCGCGGACUUCCGCGCCUUCGCCACGGCGCAGCUCGGCGAGAAGACGCUCAAGUCCGUGGACUGGCGCGCCUGGUUCCACGCGCCGGGCGACGUGCCCCGCGCGGAGGACCUGGCCGCCGCGUGGCGCGCGGGGGCCCCGCCGCCGGCCGACGACUUCGCGUCGUGGACCAACGACGAGCGCGUCGCGUUCCUCGACGCGCUGGGCGCCAACGGCGACGACGGGAACGCCGAGGCGGGCCUCGACGCGGCGGCGCUGCGGGCCGUCGACGCGCGCUACGGCCUCACGGGCACGGCGAACGCGGAGCUCCGGUCCCGCUGGUGCAAGCUGUUGCUCGCCGCGGGCGCGGCGACGGCGGGGCCCCUCGUCGUCGACUUCCUCACGUCCCAGGGCCGCAUGAAGUUCGUCCGCCCGCUCUACCGCGCGCUGGCCAAGAGCCCCAUGCCGGGCGCCAAGGACCUCGCCGUCGACACCUUCGUCGCCCACGCGGACUUCUACCACCCCAUCUGCCGCAAGAUGGUCGCGUCGGACCUCGGCGUCGACCUCGACGCGCCGCGCGACGCGCCGGGGCCGCCCAAGACCCUCCUCGUCGCCCUCGCCGCCGCCGGCGCGCUCCUCGUCGUCGCCGCGCUCAAGGCCCGGCGCUAG